AUGCACAACCGCCUUCUGUUGUCGGCCCUGGUGUGUGCGGCCGGCGUGUCUGCCCGGGACGUCCCCUCCAACGUCAAGAACUUCUACGACUCGGUCAAGGCCAAGGGUGACUGCUCCAACAAGCUAGCCACAGGCUUCUACAGCAAGGACGAUGGCCCGAGCACGUUCUCGUACUGCGGCGACCACCAGGACGACUACGACGUGAUCUACCUCAAGGGCGCGGGCAGCGCGCUCGCCGACAUGGACGUGGACUGCGACGGGGAGCAGAACGGGCGCGGGGACGACGGGCGGUGCGAGAGCAGCGGCGACACGCAGGCCAUCACCUCGUUCGAGUGGAUCAUCAAGGAGUACAGCAAGGGCAUCAACGACCUCAACGCCAACGUGCACCCCUACGUCGUCUUCGGCAACGACGGCACCAAGCCCGGCUGGAAGACCUUCGACCCCCAGGCCCACGGCAUCCGCCCGCUCUCCGUCAUGGCCGUCGUCUGCAACAACAAGCUGAUCUACGGAAUCUGGGGCGACACCAACGGCGACGACGGCGCCAAGCCCAUGGUCGGCGAAGCCUCCAUCUCGCUCGCGACCGCCUGCUUCGGCACCUCGAUGAACGGCAACAACGGCCACGACGAGACCGACGUGUUAUACCUUGCCUUCCCCGGCAGCGACGCCGUCCCGGGGGCCGACGGCGCCAACUGGGGCGCAGACAGCUGGCAGGCGUUCGAGGCCUCGAUCGAGGGCCUGGGCAACAAGCUCAUCCAGCGCAUCGGCAACACCACGACAAACCCCAACCCCGACCCGAACCCCGACCCGGAACCGACCCCGACCCCAGAACCAGAACCGGAGUGCGCCUGGCCGGGCCACUGCGCGGGCGCGUCCUGCAGCAGCGACGACGACUGCUCGGACCCGUGGGCGUGCGUGUCCGGCACGUGUGCGCUCGACCCA